AUGCACGACCGUCUACCGCGCGAGAUCCGAGAUAUGAUCAAUGCCGAAUUCUGGGAUGAAGACUACUUGAAAGGCUUUGAAGGCUUUGAGGUAGCCUGGAACGCUAAGGAAGAACCCACGCAUUACCACCGUCCGGGGGCCAAUCGUAUUCUGCGCAUCUCACAUGUCGUCCUACCAGAUUACGUAGGAGCCGAAGCGGCGAAAGAGAACCUCCAAAUGUGGUAUGAGAACUACGGAGCCAUGAAUUCCGGCCACUGCACCUGGCUCGUACUCGGCAGCCACAACAUAGGUGAACAGCUAACAAGAGCUAUUUGCAAAGAUACUUUCGGGGUUGGCUUGGAUCCUGCCACUGCUCUCCGAAAGAUGGUUAUCGAAAUUCCCGACACCUCUCUCGUGCUAGGCCACGAGCACUCCGACUUUAAAGACGCUACCUCACGUCAGAACGCGCUCAAUCUCCUUCUUCGCAUCAAGAAGAAGAAAGGAUUCAAGCUCGAAAUCAGAAUCUACCACGAUUGCAUUCGUCUCAAGAUGUGGCCUGAAAUCCUUGGUCUCCUGCAACCCAUCGUUAAGGUAUUUGAGCAGGAAGGAGCCCACGUCAGUGUUCAGUCUGACUAUGAUCCUAUGCGCACGGAUUCCAUGGAUGAGGACCCGGGUGUUAAUACUGAUAUGGAACACCUGAUCAGGACAUACGAUCCGGCGACUUGGGAGCAGAGCAUGAAGCCGGGUUUAAUCGAUUAUUUUGAAGGGAUUGGCGAUGAGUAUCUCAGACCAUGGCACCGUUACUAUCGGAGCGAAGAAGACAAUCCAGGCUCUGAUCCUGUUGUCGCUGCCUGGCAACAAUCUGUUGCGCCUUAUGGUAGGCGGUAA